AUGGCACGCUGUGGCAGACAGUGCAGCACAGACCAAGUACUUGAGUCCCAUAGUGGGCUAUCUUACUUUUUACGCGGGGGAGAAUGUGUCUCGAGCUCUAGACAUCACGGUCUUUUAGGAGCUAUUCAAACAAACCGUGGGAUUCAUGCAGUCAGCUCCCCCGGUUGCCUCAACGGCACUUCGCCUCUUGUCACACCUCCAAGAGUUCCUCGUCUAACUGAAAACUGCGGAAAUCAUAGGAGGCGACAUCCACGCCGAUAUAGACACUGGAAAAGGAACCAUUUGAGAAGAGCUCAGAAUAUGAAGGGCCAAGCGGACGGCCUUCCCCCCACAGCCCAAGCAACACCUUUCCAUACAAACCGUUGGAUCCUUCUCUCCGUCUAUGCCAUGCAAGUAGUUGUUACGGGCUGUGUGUACUUUGGUUGGGCACCCCUCUCUUCCCUUCUUUUAAGCGCCGGUGUUUUUGCAUUCAAGUGCCCCACCGAUGAAGCAGGAAAAUUCUUUGUAGACAAAAGGGAAGAAGGAAAGGUUUUCAUUUGCGACGAACAAGACGCAGCGGUGCAACAUCUCUAUACUAUAACGCUUGCCGUCCAUUUCGGUACGAGUGCUCUGGCGGGUUGUCUAAUGGAUACUCUAGGUCCCAAAGUGACGUGCAUGCUUGGCCAGAUCUUCAACGCUUCUGGCUGGCUCUUUCUUUCCUCUCUAACCCCAGAGUCACACGCUGCAGUGUACUUUGGAUUCGUGCUGAUAGGCAUGGGGGCGGAUACGGCGUUUCUCCCCACGUUACUGAUUUCGCGGCUCUUUCCGCACUGCCCUGGACUCGUCAUCACUCUGCUAGGCGCAGCAUCAUCCGUUUCCUUUGUUGUUCCAUUGGUUUUGUGGUCACUGCUGCCUUCCGGGGAAGUUUCGGGGUGUAUGUGGUACGCGUGUUUUGGUCCUGGGCUGUUUUUUGUAAUUGCUGCGUUCAUGAUGCCUCUGAAGCCUUUCAAGGCCCCUGAAAAAGAAAAGCAAAAGCAGAUCAGCCAGUCCCCCCAUGUCUCUGCUGCUAUGGAGGGUGACUCAUUUCUCCACAGAACAGCCAUCAGUGCUCAUGACAAAGCAUCUGGGCUGGCAACCUUAAGCGCAGGAACCUCAACGACGGAAAAUACGGGUAGCUCCAUCAUAGCUUCUGCAUCGAUAUUCAGAAGUAUGAUUUCGGAGCGCUACGUGUUGAUUGUUAUGUACUUCAUCGGUGUCAGUUGGGUCUCUGCUUUCUAUCAAGAAUCACAUAGCCGUUUGCUGGCAGACGGCCCGCAGAAGUUUUUAGGAUGGAUGCUGCCGCUUUCCUUUGUCCCGUGCGUUUUAUUGGGGAGGUGUUCCGACUGGACGGGUAUUUUACCCGUAAUGGCAGUCGUGAAUGCUAGUGGAGUGCUGUCCUACUUAUGCAGCUUGUCGAGCAACGCAGGAUCAGGCUACGCUUCCGUGUUGUUCUUCAUGGUGUACAUGUCUUUAUUCAGCUCGCAGGUGUUUGUUUACGUUGGAGAGGCAUUCCCGGCAAGCCACUUUGGCCGGCUGGUCGGAACAAUUGAACUGAUCGGAGGGCUGAUUUCUCUGAUCUGUAAUCCUGUAUACACGGCGGCAGUCAAAUCUCAAGAUGGACAUGGCAUUCUUCGUGUGCAGGUCUUUUUGAUUGUUCUUAUGGCACUCGAAUUUGUUGUAAUCGGGCGCCUGAUGACCUUGCAGCGUAAAGCGCAUGUAGCCGCUGGCCCUCUGAGGCGGCCUCCCUCGAUCAAGGAUAAACUUCCAGAACCAUGA